CUCAAUAACAAAAACGUCGAGUCAUUUGCCGUUCAAAACCAUUGACUGCUUUUUGUAUUACAUUUUUUUAAAGACUUGUAUUUCAUCUGUUAGUUCACCGCCGAAGAAGACAAUGUUUGACACCGCGUACGACAGCCGCCCAGUUGUGGAUCCACUCACUGGCCAUCAGUUCCAGCCGUACGCCGACAACGGAGGCACUGUUGUCGGUCUGGCGGGCAAUGACUUCGCAAUGUUGGCCUCCGAUACCCGUCUGUCGUCCGGGUAUUCAAUCUAUACCAGAGAUCAGACAAAGCUCUUCAAAUUGACUGACGCGUGUUUGUUGGGCUCAACCGGUUGUUGGUGUGAUAUAUUGACGUUCAGGAAGAUUAUUGAGGCCCGACUCACGAUGUACAGUCAGGACCACAACCGGACGAUCACCACUCCGGCCAUCGCUCAGCUGUUGUCCAACAUGUUGUACAACAAGAGAUUCUUUCCGUAUUACAUCUCUAACGUGAUCGCAGGUCUGGACACCGACGGCAAGGGUUGUCUCUAUUCGUACGAUCCGGUCGGCCAUUGCGAGCGCGAGUACUAUCACGCGGGCGGCUCUUCAGCGGCGCUGAUUCAGCCAUUACUGGACAGUCAGGUGGGCCUCAAGAACCAGAGGGCGGCCGUCAUGAAGGAUCUCACCGUCGAAUCCGCCAAGAAGUUGAUUAAAGAUGUCUUCAUAUCGGCGACCGAACGCGACAUCUAUUGCGGCGAUUCUGUGGACAUACAGAUCAUCACCAAAGAUGGCGUCCAAUCGGAGACAAUGCUUUUGAGACGCGAUUGAGUGAUGAGAUGUUUGGUUGAGUUUUUUGUGUCCAUUUCUUUGAGAG